AUGUCACAUGAGGUCCUAUGGUCUCGUUAUGCGCAUACCCAGUUGGCAGGCUCACAUCUUCUUUCCGCAGAGGUUUCAACUCUUGUUCUUCAAUGUGUUGUUUUUUCUCAACAAAGACCUAGCUGUCGGACAUAUUUUACAUCGAAAGAUCUACUCUUCUUUUCCCAACAAAUAUUCGUUUGUUUUAUAUUGACUCUUCGCACUUAUGCUCUCUACUGCGGUAACAAACGCCUCCUCGCUCUGAUGAUAAUCAUCGUUUGUGCUCUUGGGGGAGUGACUGUGGGAACAUUUGGACUCCGUUCAAGCGCCGUCGUGCCAGGAUUGAAUUGCCUUGACUCAUACGCAAAAUAUAUAGCCGUCAGUCCUGGGUUGGGAUGGGUGACGCUACUCGUCUACGAAUUACUCGUAUUUGUCCUCACAGUUUGCAGGAUAUGCAAAAUUAGAGCACUGUCACUGGCAAUAUCGAGGGGACACAUGCUUGAUAUCAUGUUUCAAGAUGGUGCCAUGUAUUUCGCGGUGAUGACGUUGUUUAAUCUACUCAACAUCCUGACGUACUACUGUGGUUCAAAUACCACCAGAGGCAUUCUGGCUACAUUUACUAGCUGCAUAUCCGUGACUCUCGUCUCUCGGCUGAUGCUCAAUCUGCACAAAUCUGUCGACACAGGCAUUCUUACUACCCCCGUCCAAGAUGAUGACUACGAUUCCAUUGUCCUUACUACUAGGAUCAACGUACAGUCCACGAAUUCCUCUCGCCAAUGCUAG